AUGCCUGGUCUGCGUAUUGCUCUCGGCGGCGACGAAGCCGGCUUCGGCUACAAGGCCACCAUCACCAAGGACCUGGAGAAGGACCCGCGCGUGGCCUCCGUCGUCGACGUCGGUCCCUCCUCCGAGUCCGACAAGACGGCCUACUCGACCUACGCCAUCACGGCCGCCGAGAAGGUCGCGAGCGGCGAGGUCGACCGCGCCAUCCUCAUCUGCGGCACCGGCCUCGGCGUCGCCAUCUCCGCCAACAAGGUCCCCGGCGUCCGCGCCGUGACCGCCCACGACAGCUUCUCCGUCGAGAGGGCCAUCAAGAGCAACAACGCCCAGGUGCUGUGCCUCGGCCAGCGCGUCAUCGGUAUCGAGCUCGCCAGGAGGCUCGUCACCGAGUGGCUGGGUUACGAGUUCGACCUCAACUCUGCUUCCGCGGCCAAGGUCAAGGUUAUUGAUGACUACGACGCCAAGACGAAGGUGUCUUCUGCCGCAUGA